CUUCAUGCCUCAGAGCCAUUCAGAGUCACAUUGUUCUCUCGAAGCUGCACAUCUGUAGGAAUGAGAUAAGAGGAUUUAAAGUAAAACCAAAAAACGAAACAUCAGCAAGUCGCUGAAGGGAGAGCUGCUCGCUAUGGAGCCAAGGGCAUCAGUCACAUCCUUCAAGGACAUCCCAGUACGUCGAUGGAGCCUGCGUUCCAGCUGCAGUCUACCUUAUGGCUCUUUUGCAAACAGCCUUGCGUCUCUCACACCCGAUGCUGAGGAGAAACCUGCCAUAUCGCCCAAGCGCGCCUAUGUCACUAUGGUUGUGCUUUGCUACAUCAACUUGCUCAACUACAUGGAGCGGUACACAAUAGCAGGCGUCCUUGCAGAUAUUAAAAAAUUCUUUGAUAUAAACGACAGCAUGGCUGGACUUCUGCAGACAGUUUUCAUCUGCAGUUUUCUCCUUUUGGCCCCUCUCUUUGGUUACCUUGGCGACCGCUACAAUCGCAAAUACAUCAUGAUUGGUGGCUUGAGUGUCUGGCUUUUGACUGCAACCGCCAGCUCUUUUGUCAAUAAAUCGCAAUUCUGGCUUCUCGCCCUGCUGCGAGGCUUGGUCGGGACCGGAGAAGCCAGCUAUUCCACCGUCGCUCCCACCAUCAUAAGUGAUCUCUUUACUGGGGGCAAAAGGAGCAUCAUGAUCUGCAUCUUCUACAUCUUUAUCCCUGUCGGCAGCGGUCUUGGGUAUAUAACAGGGCGAGGCUUUGCAUCUCUCACAGGGGACUGGCACUGGGCUCUGAGGAUCACACCCAUCAUGGGCUCAGUGGGACUCAUUUUGAUGAUCGUUUUAUGCCCCAACCCGCCGAGAGGUGCUGCAGAAACCCACGGAGAGGGGGUGACGGAGCAGAGCUCUUACUUGGAGGAUGUCAAAUAUCUUCUGAAAAAUAAAAGUUACGUGUGGUCAUCGUUGGGAGUGACGGCCCUGGCCUUCCUCACCGGGGCGCUGGCUUUCUGGCUGCCUACCUUUUUGUCCCGAGCUCGUGUCUAUCAGAAACUCAGCGACAAACCAGGUGACUCCUCGGACAGUUACAUCUUUGGUGCCGUAACGGUGGCCACGGGCAUACUGGGCGGGGCUCUCGGCACUAGUUUAUCCAGACGGUUUAGGGACAAGGUGCCAAAUGCUGAUCCACUCAUCUGCGCCGUGGGCAUGCUUGGAUCAGUGCCGUGCCUCUUUAUCACCAUCUUUGUGGCAUCAGCAAGCAUUCCCGCCACUUACGUGUUCAUUUUCUUGGGCGAGCUGCUGCUCUCAUUGAACUGGGCUGUCUUGGCUGACAUACUGCUGUAUGUUGUCGUACCAACAAGGAGGGCGACAGCGGAGGCUCUACAGAUUACAGUGGGACAUCUCCUGGGUGAUGCUGGGAGCCCUUACUUAUUAGGAGUGAUCUCUGAUGCUAUAUACCCAGGUAGCCCCGAGAGGAACUUCGACAGUUUGAAGUACAGCCUGCUGCUCUGCCCCGUGGUCGGGAUUGUCGGGGGAGUGUUUUUCGUCAUUACUGCCAUCUAUAUUGCUGAAGACAGGAAAGCAGUGCAGCAGCUGCUUGGAGAGGAACCCCAACCACCGCAGCAUCCUGCACCUGAGCCCUCGGUGGAGCUGAGCAACAGGGGAAAUGUGUAAUCUCUUGCAAAAUGAGUCAUGCAAUGAAUGUAAAGUUAAGUUAUGAACCCCUGUUACAAAGACCAAACGGCUUUCAGUCUGUGCAGUGUUUAAUAGCCUUACCAUCUCUUUAACUCGUUUUUGUUUUUUUAAAUGAGAAUUCGUUUCAGUUUUCACCUCAGUGUAAUCUCACAAGAGAAGUUUGUCUUUUAAAAUGGUCACAUUGUUACCUCACAGCACUCUGCAGUAGACUUGAAACGUGAAUGCAGUUGUAUUUUUUCACUCUAAAUGUUGUUGGUUAUAUUUCUAUUAAAUUUUCAAG